AUGGUUCCCUCGCAUAUCGCUGCCGCCGCCGAUUCGACCGUGUCUGGGUCUGCUACCAACACCCCCCAGCCCGCUGACUCCGAGUAUAUCGUUCCUGUGACCGUCGGCGCCAGCACUGUCAACCUCGAUUUCGACACUGGCUCUGCCGACCUUUGGGUAUACACGUCCAGCACCGCUGGCGGUGCCGGACACAACUACUACACCCCCAGUGACGGCGCCACUGUGAUGAACGGCGAGACCUGGUCGAUCGGUUACGGUGACGGUAGUUCUGCCAGCGGCAACGUGUACCAGGAUACUGUCGUUGUCGGCGGCGUCACUGCGACUGCACAAGCUGUCGAAGCUGCACAAACCGUCAGCAGCUCAUUUUCCUCUGACACUAGCAAUGAUGGUCUACUUGGUCUCUCAUGGAGCAGCCUCAAUACUGUCUCUCCCGACCAACAGAAGACGUUCUACGACAAUGUUCAAAGCAGCCUUGCUGACCCCGUUUUUGCUGCAAUCUUGAAGCAUGAUGCCCCGGGAUCUUACGACUUUGGUUUUAUUGACAGCUCAAAAUACACUGGCAAUAUCACGUACACCCCCGCUGACAACAGCCAGGGUUACUGGGGUUUCACUGUUGACUCGUACACCGUUGGAACCACUGUCACCAGUACCGCUCUGUCCGGUAUUGCGGAUACCGGUACUUCUCUGCUUCUCCUCGAUGAUACGACCUGCGGAAACUACUAUGCUCAGGUCAGCGGCGCCAUCAACGACUCGUCACAGGGUGGAUGGGUGUAUGACUGCAGCACCUCUCUGCCCGAUUUCUCCGUCAGCAUCAAUGGUUAUACUGCUACUGUCCCAGGCUCGUAUCUCACUUAUGACCAGCAGUCAAGUGGUCAAUGCUAUGGUGGUAUCCAGUCUUCUACUGCUAUUGGCUUCAAUAUUUUUGGAGAUGUCUUCCUUAAAAGUCAAUAUGUUGUCUUUGAUGGUCCCAAUGUACAGCUCGGCUUUGCCUCGCAAGCUUAA